AUGUCAGAACUCGACCCUUCAUCUGGAUUUGUAGGAAAUGUGGAAAACGGGACUUUUCUGGAGCUGUAUCCCACAUCCCUUUCAACUUCAGUGGAUUCAUCACCUGGCCGUUUAUCCAACGUCUAUGUCUAUGUUUCUAUAUUCCUUAGUCUCCUAGCUUUUCUCCUUUUGCUAUUGAUCAUUGCACUUCAAAGGCUGAAAAACAUAAUUUCUUCCAGUUCCUCCUACCCAGAAUAUAAUAGUGAUGCUGGAAGUUCUUUCACUAAUUUAGAGGUUUGUAGUAUUUCUUCCCAGCACUCUGCUCUCUCAAAUCUUUCUUCAUGA